ACACGACCCCAAAGCUGGGGCAGGACGGUUGUGUUAUGUAAGCCGGUCAGUGUCUUGGUCCAGACGUGCUGAGCUGUUUCUGGGUCUGAGACCCAGCGGGCGCCCAGAGAGUGGGGACACGUCCAGGACACAGUCCACGCCUCGGAACACCUCUAAGCUCAUCAACCACCGAGACCCAGAGUAGUUGCACCUUACGGCUGGGUAUAUCAGCAAUCUUGUACAGCGCGCUUUGUUCACCCGUGACAGCCCAUCCGAAGGGUCGACAACCCCUCUCACUCAUCUUCAGCACGAGGCACACAAGCGACGAGAGCUGAGCGAAGGCUUCCAGGCUGUGUCCCUUCUCCCACCACCCGUAUCCCGCCAUCACAGCAACUAGCAGACGAUGAAGCUCUCGACGUCACUAGUAUCAACGGCCAGCCUGCUCCUCGCGGCAGCGAGCUCGGGCAGCGCCGCGUCCUCGACAAGUGCGCGCAAAGCAAACGUCUACAUUCAGCCUGUCGCGACGACCAGCGGCGCAGCACCGCCGCAGCUUCUUGCCGAGAUUCAGUACGACCCAUUCUUCGAUGCCGCUUCAGGUAGCGCCGCCUCGACACGGGACGCCAGCACCAAUGCCGCGGCCUCGAUACUAUCCUACGAGGCGCCCGAGUUCGACGCAGACGGCGACGAUGAUGACAGCGGCGGCAGCGGCGGCGGCACAUUGCGGAAGCCGAAGCUCUUGCGGAUAGGCGUCUGGGAUCCGUCCACCGCGACGUGGGCGUCCUCGACAUCUGUCGCGAGCGCAGAGAACUUUGGCAAGGGCUAUUCCCCGCAGAUCAUGCUGUCUGUGGACGCGCGGAGCGGCGACGUCGUCGGCGCCGCACUCAGGGGGGUGCGAAUCGACGCGGGGCAGACGAGGGACUUUGGCCCCAAGGCUGUCUUGCUGGUGGACUCGCCCGGGAAGCAGCCGGAUCUGAACAAGCCGGUUGUCCUGGCGCCCAAUGGGAAGAAGGUUGAGCCUGUGCCGGAGAAGACUUUGUUGCAGAAAUACUGGUGGGUGCUCGCUGCAGGCGUGCUGCUCGCCAUGAGCGGUGGUGGUGAGGGCGGCAAGUAGAAAGGGACACACGAUGAUCAUUGCUUGUGGCAUCUAUAGCGUUCCUCUUCAAUCGAGCAAAUACCAAACUCACGGCCGUUCGUUAUAUUUGUGGCGUGGACACCAUGACUUUAUCCAGAGAGACGAUCUACAUUCAUCCCUUGCUAUGCCCAGCGUCCAUACGUACUUGAUUCGAGGUGGUGCAUGCUUCGAGCACCAAGGCGACUUGCGAAGCCACCAUUCUAGUCCCUUACUGAAGACAAGGUGCUAUGGACCGUGACCAGAACAAAAGAAAGUCCCAGGAACACCCAUCAAGGAGAUUAAUUGAUUCCCAAAUUCAUCGGUAGACACU